CUUGAUGACGACAGAUUGAAGCGCGGCGGCUGAAUGGCGGCUUCCAGUCCUAGGGCUGUGGUAAUAAAGGUUCCACAGUGAUUUCCUAACACAACCAUUUUUGACUUUCCAAGAAAAGUUACUAUGGCAUUCCCUCAUUUACAACAGCCUAGCUCCCUACUGGCCGACUCUAUAAAUAAACCCUUUGCACAGAGGUGCCAAGACUUGGUAAAAGUCAUUGAGGAUUUUCCAGCAAAGGAGCUGCACAGCAUCUUCCCGUUGCUGGUAGAGAGCAUCUUCGGCAGUUUGGAUGGUGUCCUCGUUGGCUGGAACCUCCGGUGCCUACAGGGCCGUGUGAACCCGGUGGAGUACAGCAUUGUAAUGGAAUUCUUAGAUCCUGGUGGCCCAAUGAUGAAGUUGGUGUAUAAACUUCAAGCUGAAGACUAUAAGUUUGAUUUUCCUGUCUCUUACUUACCUGGCCCUGUGAAGGCAUCCAUCCAGGAGCACAUCCUCCCUGACAGCCCUCUGUACCACAAUAAGGUCCAGUUUCCCCCCACUGGGGGCCUUGGCCUGAACUUGGCCCUCAAUCCAUUUGAAUAUUACAUAUUCUUCUUUGCCUUGAGCCUCAUCACUCAGAAGCCACUGCCCGUGUCCCUCCGUAUCCGUACUUCAGAUUGUGCCUAUUUCACCCUGGUGGACAGAUACCUGUCAUGGUUUCUGCCCACCGAAGGCAGUGUGCCCCCUCCACUCUCCUCCAGUCCUGGUGGGACAAGCCCAUCACCAGCUCCCAGGACUCCAGCCAUGCCCUUUGCAUCCUAUGGCCUUCACCAUACCAGCCUCCUGAAGCGACAUAUCUCUCAUCAGACAUCUGUGAAUGCAGAUCCCACCUCUCAGGAGAUCUGGAGGUCAGAAACUCUUCUCCAGGUUUUUGUUGAAAUGUGGCUUCACCAUUAUUCCUUGGAGAUGUACCAGAAAAUGCAGUCCCCUCAUGCUAAGCUGGAGGUUCUGCACUACCGACUCAGUGUCUCCAGCGCCCUCCACAGCCCUGCCCAACCCAGCCUCCAGGCCCUCCACGCCUACCAAGAGUCAUUCACACCCUCUGAGGAGCAUGUGCUAGUGGUACGCUUGUUGCUGAAGCACCUGCAUGCAUUUGCCAACAGCCUAAAGCCUGAGCAGGUCUCGCCCUCUGCCCACUCUCAUGCCACCAGCCCCUUGGAGGAGUUUAAACGGGCUGCUGUCCCAAGAUUUGUCCAGCAGAAGCUCUACCUCUUCCUGCAGCACUGUUUUGGCCACUGGCCUUUGGACGCAUCCUUCAGAGCUGUUCUGGAAAUGUGGCUGAGCUACCUGCAGCCGUGGAGGUACGCAUCUGAGAAGCAGGUUCAGAGCAGUGACUCCCAGCCCCGGUGUGUGUCAGAGAAAUGGGCACCCUUUGUCCAGGAGAACCUGCUGGUGUACACCAAGCUCUUCGUGGGUUUUCUGAACCGCGCACUCCGCACAGACCUGGUCAGCCCCAAAAAUGCACUCAUGGUGUUCCGAGUGGCCAAAGUGUUUGCCCAGCCGAACCUGGCUGAAAUGAUCCAAAAAGGUGAGCAGCUAUUCCUGGAGCCAGAACUCGUCAUCCCCCAUCGCCAGCACCGGCUCUUCACAGCUCCUACUGUCACUGGCAGUUUCUUGUCACCAUGGCCACCAGCUGUUACUGAUGCCUCAUUUAAGGUGAAGAGCCAUGUCUACAGCCUGGAGGGCCAGGACUGCAAGUACACCCCGAUGUUUGGGCCUGAAGUCCGGACCCUAGUGUUACGCCUUGCUCAGCUCAUCACACAGGCCAAGCAGACUGCCAGGUCCAUCUCUGACCAGUGUGUGGAGAGCCCCUCUGGCCGGUCCUUCCUGUCAUGGUUGGGCUUCUCCCCCACGGACCCAAACAGCUGCUACCCAGCCAAUGACCUGGACGAGAUGGGCCAGGACAGUAUUCGCAAGACAGAUGAGUACCUAGAGAAGGCCCUGGAGUACCUACGCCAGAUAUUCCGACUUAGUGAAGCCCAGCUUGCCCAGUUCACACUUGCCCUAGGAACCAUUCAGGAUGAAAAUGGGAAGAAGCAGCUCCCCGACUGCAUCGUGGGGGAGGAUGGACUCAUCCUCACACCCCUGGGCCGCUACCAAAUCAUCAAUGGGCUACGGAGGUUUGAAAUUGAGUAUCAAGGGGACUCAGAGCUGCAGCCCAUUCGGAGCUAUGAGAACGCCAGCCUGGUCCGAGCACUUUUCCGGCUGUCAUCUGCCAUCAAUCGCAGAUUCGCAGGUCAGAUGGUUGCUCUCUGUUCCCGGGAUGACUUCCUUGGCAGCUUCUGUCGCUACCACCUCAUUGAGCCUGCUCUGGCCAACAGGCACCUGCUGAGCCCUGUGGGGCGGAGACAGGCAGUCAACCAGGCCCGAGGCCCUAGGCUCAGCUUGCGCUUUCUGGGCAGCUACCGGACACUGCUCUCAUUCUUGCUGGCCUUUGUCAUGGGCUCUCUGUUGUGCAUCAGGCCCCUGCCCUGCACUCUGCUGCUUGUCCUGGGCUACCUCCUCUAUGCCAUGGCCAUGACACUGCUGACAGAACGAGGGAAACUUCACCAACCCUGAUAGCCAUUGUCUUCAAAGCAAGCUGCUGGGAUUUGUUGCACUGUGCCUGGGGCCCUGGCAGGCUGCUUCCCAGUCAGAGUGCAGUCAUUUGGAUUUCUAAGUACUGUUUUUCUGCAACCAUAGAAUCAUCCAGAAGACACUGAAAUGAGAGGGGAGACUGCCAAGAAAGGGGCAGGGUCAAAUGACUCUUGAGUCAAACUGACAACCAGAGCUGCCUGAAGCCAUUCAUUGUGUCAGCUCUAUUUGCAGCUGAGCUAGUCUUGGAGACUUCUGCAACCAUUUGAAGAUUUUGCCAUGUAAAACUCAGGCUCUUGUGUCCACAGCAGCUGCAGGCCUGGGCUCUUCACUGUGGUUGUUCUUGAAGUGGGCAGUGUAGGUUGUGACAUCUUCCCUUGAGAUUCCCAGCAGUUUAGCUUCCCUUCCAGGCAAGAAUCAGUUUCUGAAAGAAAUUCCUGAGAAAACCAGAGAAUGGCUCUGCUGACUCAUUUUGAAGUGAAGGUUUGCUAUCACAGUGAAGGAACGAUGGUUCUCUUACAUUCUCCCAGUGAGCCCAAAGCUGGGCACUGGGGUGCCACUUUUGAAUUCCAUGGAGACCCUCCCAGAGCACAGCAUCCUACUUUACCUCUGGCCCCCAGGCCUCUGCAGUCCUGCACCAUGAGCAGGCACUGGUGGUCAGCAGGCAGAGGGCUGUAGUGGUUCUACAAGCUUCUGUCUGCAACCAAAGAUGGGCAAAAGCAAUGUUUGCUCCUCCAUAAACAAGUACUGAGAGACAGUGACACUUUUGGACAACCUGGUGUAUGACAGCUAUACCUUGAUUUUUAAAAAUAAAUCACCGUCACCCUGGUUCAUCCUGCAGUGUACCAUCACAACAGUGUCUUGGGGAUUUUAAACUAAGCCUUUGUUUUCAGUGUAUGGGGGAUUUUUUCUUUUUAAAAAAAAAGCAGCAUGGGAUAUAGCUCAG